UCGACAAGCGCCGCCGCCGCCAGCUCCCGACGCCGCCUCUCUUCACCGCCGGAUCUGUGCGGCCGCCGCCAACUCCGGCAAGUAGGUUAGAUCUCCCCUCAUCCCCCUCGCGAAUCUUCUUCCCUUCCCAUACCGUAUGCGUCUCCCUCCGGGCGCGGAUCUGGUCCAGAAAUUUUAUUUGAUACAUGCGGUAGAUGAUUUGUUGAUGGAUAUGAUGGUUCUUUGAUAGAUUGAUGGAUGUCGUAGUGUAGGAUCUGAGCCGUACCAGGGAAAAGAGAGGCCCUGUGCAAAUCAAAAUGAGGCCCUAUGUGUGAAAAAAUAAAUCAAAAAUAAUUCAUCCGUUCUUCACUAUAGUAUGUAGUACUGACAUUGGAUUGGAUCUGAUUGGGAUUUAUUAGGUAGAUGAUACUGGCAUUGCCAUUGUCAUUGGCAUUGCUUUUUUAGGUAGAUGAUAGUAAACAGAUUUAAUAGGCAUUGCAUUUUAGGUUGUCACUAUGAUUUAUUAUAUGUAUGAUCUUUGUAUUAUACUAUGGUAGCAUACAAUUCAACUUAGAGUUCAACAUGUUCUAUGUAGAAUGGAGGAAGCACUGUGUCGACGGUGCAAGUCACGGUGCCGGACCAGCCUUUGUACUGCCACGCUGUUCGGCAUCUACUUCCAGCCUACUUUUGUUUUUGCAGCGAUCGUCCCAUGCAAUGUGAGAUUGGCAUUCAAUGAGCUCGUCGGAGACACCGUGACCUUCGACGCUCUCGGGGGGCCGUACACUAUGCAGGUCGAUAAGGGGCGAACGAUAACCCAGAUUGGAGGAGAUGAAUGGGAUCGUUUGAUCGCCCGCUUGCGUCUUAGUGGGGAUGAAUUGAUCAGCUUCUCCUUCAGAGGAGAAAGGCCCAGGAUUUCUGUUAUCUAUCUGAAUUUGAUUUUCGAUAGUGAGGAUGAAGUUCAUGAGGAGGACGAUGGUGAGGAUUCAGAUGAUGAUGAGAACCCACUUGAUGAAGCACUCUAUGCCCAAAGACUGAGGCUGAGCGGCGAUGAAACGUGCAACCUCUGGGACAUGCUUCCACUACGUGAAGACUACGUUGGGAUGCCAUUCGUGACCCGCCUCACAAGGACGAAUGUUAAACAGCAUCUCAUGGUAUGUUACUUACUGUGGUAAUUACAUGAUAUGCAUG